GCGGUUGCGACGUUGGCUUCGUCGCGCAACACUCGCCAGUUGCUAACACUGCUUAGUUUUGCGUAGUCGUGUGUUUCAAUCAAAAUGUCUUGCGAAGGAUUCUCCGCUUCGGAGGUGGACUCGAUGCCGGACCGCAUCGCCGGCGCGUUCACUGGCAUGACGGUGCUGAUCACAGGAGGCACCGGGUUCAUGGGCAAAGUGCUCGUCGAGAAGCUGCUCAGGAAAUGUACAGACAUCGAACACAUUAUCCUGCUAGUGCGGACAAAGAAAGGGAAGAACCCAAAACAGAGACUCGAAGAGAUGUUUAAUGGAGAAUUGUUCGAGAAAGUCCGCACCAUGCGCGGUGGUGUCGAACCUCUACUUGAGAAAGUGUCCAUCGUGAGCGGCGACGUCGGAGAGCCUGAUCUCGCGCUCAGCGCUGAAGACCGACAGAGGAUCAUCAGAGACGUUGACUAUAUCAUCCACGCAGCUGCUACUAUCAGAUUUGAUGAGGAGCUGAAGAGAGCUGUAAUGCUGAACGUCAGAGGAACAAAACUCAUGGUAGAACUAGCCAAGGAGUGCAAGAAACUAAAGCUAUUCAUCCACGUAUCGACAUCAUACUGCCAUCUCCACGAGAAGCUUCUAGAGGAGAAGCCGUACCCUCCCCCCGCAGACCCACAUCAGAUCAUUCAAGCUAUGGAGUGGAUGGACGACGAAACCGUCGCGGCAGUCACUCCUAAGGUCCUGAAUAAGCUGCCCAAUUCGUAUGCCUACACGAAGGCAUUGGGUGAAGCGCUGGUUGUGGAAGCCAUGCCGCAUUUACCAGUUAUGGUGCUUCGACCUUCUAUAGUGAUCCCAAUCUGGCAAGAGCCUAUUCCGGGAUGGACUGACAAUAUCAACGGACCCACGGGUUUACUUAUUGGGGCUGGUAAGGGCGUCAUCAGGUCUAUGUACUGUAAGAGCAACAGCUACGCCGACUACCUCCCAGUGGAUGUAUUCAUCAAUGGAAUCAUGAUCGUUGUGUGGAAUUACGUUAAGUAUGAUGAUAAGGCAGCUAACGUUAUUAACUUCACGUCAUCAGCGGAGAUCAAGGUGACGUGGUCGGAGAUGAUCGACGCUGGAAGAGAGAUAAUCAUGAACAGACUCCCGCUUAACGGCGUGGCUUGGUACCCCGGUGGCUCCAUGAAGCAUUCUCGCCUCUACCACAAUAUCUGUGUAUUCUUCUUCCACUGGAUCCCGGCCAUGAUCGUCGAUACUCUGCUUUUCUGCCUCGGAUACAAGCCAGUUUUAUGUCGCGUACAGCGUCGUAUCACUAAAGGAUUCGAGGUGUUCGAAUAUUACACUAACAACCAGUGGGACUUCAAAUCAGACAUCGCUCAGACCGUGCGGCAGAGACUCAAUGCUAGAGAACGUAGAGAUUACAAGGUUGAUGCUGUUGGUUUGGACAUUAUCAAGUACUUUGAGGAUUGCAUUCGAUCGGCGCGUAUCUUCAUUCUGAAGGAGUAUGACGACACAAUACCUGCCGCCAGGAGACACAUGAAAGUGAUGUGGUGUGUGGAUCGCAUCACCCGUUUUCUGUUCUGGGGUCUCAUGAUCUACUGGCUCAGUGGAUGGCUCUCGUCGUUCUACAGCUUCAUGGUGGACGCGCAAGAGACACCCACCGCCGUCACCAUUGACGCAUGACUCGCAUUUUAGACAAAACAACGACUUUGAAUUAUAGAUGGCGCUGUUUUGAAUAUUUAACUAAAGUGGCGUAAAAUAAUUUCAGACUGUUAGACGAGGUAUUAUAAGCUUUAUCUAAUUGUAUUAUGCGAUGAAGUGAGUUUCUGUUCUUAGAUGUAACUAGUUCUUAGAUAAUAAGUUUCUAAAUUGUAUGCCAAUUGCAGUAGGUAUACUUUUUUAUGCAGUAACUAUUAUUUCCUGAUGCUUAAAAUAAAAUGGAUAUUUUUAUAGUAAUAAGUCAUUACGAAAAAAGACUGCAUAUGCUUAAUUAAAUAUAAAGAUAGCAUACUGAAGGCAAAAUACGUUUUUCUUGGUUUGGCAUAUCCAAUUUAGAAAUAAUCAUUUAGUCUUCAAAAUUUUCACCACACAUUCAGAACUUUCGGAGAAACAUAUAUUAACUUAAACUGUACAUACAGGAGCAUACAUUUUAACGGUGUAGGAAAAUAAUAAGUAGUUAUAUUGGCGACUAGAAAAUCUUGCCUAUUAUUAUUGUGAAAUUUAUUAUUGAUGUUGACAUACUUAUGGAUCUGUAUAAUAUAGUUUUUAAUAUAUUUUUAUAAGUUUUAAUAAAUAAAACUUUUUUUAAAUGAG